AAUCUAAUGGCAAAGAGUUCCCACUACCUUGCGCGAGCUCACAGAUCUCCGCCCCGGUCACGUUAAGCUUACAACUCGAAGCCCGGAUGCGCCGCCAUGCCGACUCUCGUCAGCGAAUGCUGUCAUUUAUUCACCAAACUGUCCGCCUGGAGUUGACCGAACAAGUCGACAAGGCAGUGGGGGAAACAAGAGAGACCUAGUGGGGUACAGGCCGUGCUUUGCGUGUAAACCGUGAGCGCCGUUGGGCUCGGAGACACUGGGGUGCUAGCUAGGCUAACGUUAGCUUGAGUGGAAGCAGAGCGGGGUGGAGACGGCCCGGCCGGAGGCGGGGAGAGCACCACCGCGGGGUGACACUGGGAUCCUGACGGUGACCACACUGUUCGGCGGCCAUCUGGGACAUAGUAUCACUUUCCCGUACCGGACUUGGGAUUUGUUUGUUUAUUUUUGUUCUGGAUUCACCCGUCAGCGCAUGAAGACAAAGGACAAACAAGUUUCAAUGAACAGUUCUGGAAACUAACAGAGAUGUCUGUCGAGGAGGACGCCAUAAAAACUGGCAGUUUAGAGGCCAGGUCAACGCCAUCUCUGCAGCUCUCAGACUGUACUGGAGGUUACAGCAGUGUGUCCGUGAUGAUGGAGGAAAAUGCAGCCACGCAUGACUUUGCAGCUGCCUGUCCUGUCCCGGGCACUGCAGCCUCACCAAAGCACACGAGCACAGACAGCGCGGGACAAAAAGCCAGAGGGAGCGAGAACAGCAUCAAUCGCAGGAACAGCUUCCCUCACUCCAAACAACAGCAACAGCAAACGAAAUUAACCAAGCGGCGCUACACAGCCAGUUCUAACUUCAAACAUCCCACAUCGAGCAAGAGGAGACGAAGAGCCAUCUCCGAGAGUGACUCUGUCCUGCCCACCAACUUUCUCUUGGGUGGCAACAUUUUUGACCCGCUUAAUCUGAACAGCCUCCUGGAUGAGGAGGUCAACAGGGCACUUAACGCAGAGACACCAAAAUCCUCUCCACUUCCUGCAAAGAGUCGAGAUCCAGUGGAGAUCCUCAUUCCGAGAGAUAUAACUGAUCCUCUGAACCUGAACAGCGGGAUAGCAGACAACUGCUUUUUGGUGUCCCCCUACAAGAGCGGAGGAAGAAGAAGGCAUCGCAACAGACAUCAUGGUGGGGGUGGUGGAGGAGGCGGAGUUGGUAGUGGGAUUCCAAUAACGCAGGCGAACCACUCCGAAUCGACAAAAAGUGAGGUCAAAAUGAGCUCCUCCACACAACUUUUAGGUACGCAAGGCUCUUGUUCGGUUCUCGAUUCUUCUAAAGAGUCCAUGAGUUUCUCUAGUGUCACGGCAGAUUCCCACGAGAGCACAGCUGAGAACGCAGCAAGCGGCAAAGAUGAGACGCUGUUUGUACCUGUCGAAGAAUAUACCUGCCCCCUGUCGGGGGGGCCAAGCCACCACGCCGGAAGACGCAGACGAAGGCGCAACUCAGGCAAAAUUGAUCCUCCUGUCACCCAUUCUACUCCCAGCGGUAAAUUAGCACCAAAUGACAAAAGUUGUGGUACAGGCGGAGCACAAAAUUAUUUUCACACACCAAAAAUUGGUCCCAAAACUGGAGGGGGGUCACGUUCGUACCAGCAACCUCACAGUCAGGCAAAAGGACACCAAAAGAAGUUCCAGUAUGGAAACUACAAUAAAUAUUAUGGUUAUCGCAACCCGGGCAACAGUGAAGACCCGCGUGUUCGUGUAUUGCGUCCGGAGUGGUUUGAAGGUAAAGAUGUGCUGGACUUGGGGUGCAAUUCAGGUCACUUAACACUCUACAUUGCCAAAAUGCUGCGGCCUGCACGCAUAUUGGGGCUCGAUAUAGAUGGUGGGUUGAUCCAUGCAGCUCGUAAAAACAUUAGGCAUUAUCUGUCUGAGCUGCAAACCCAGGAGGCCAGACAAGCUGCUAAACAGGAAGAAAGAAAUGACAAGGAUGUCAGCACGGGGACAGACGAGAAGCACAGGGACACCGAGCGCAGAGAGGAGCACUGCAAAGCAGAGAGAGGACAAAGAGGCACUGCGGAGGCUGAGAGUGACAAUGGCUUCUGUCACACAGAUGAUGUAGGGACUCCAAGGCAAGAUGACAAAACAGGAGAGACAGGACAAGGAGACUGUGAAAAGCAAAGCGCUGAUCAGUCAGUGAGCUGCUCCUUUCCCGUGUCUCUACGGAUCUCCAGAGGACCCAUCGCUGCACCUCCUUUGACCGAAACACCCACCCCUCAGCCCGGGCAAUUUCCUGCCAAUGUCUCCUUUAUCAAGGCCAAUUAUGUUUUGGAGAAUGAAAAUCUGCUGUUAACCCAACGGCCAGAGUACGACGUGAUCCUGUGUCUCAGCGUCACCAAAUGGGUUCACCUAAACUGGGGAGACAGUGGCCUCAAACAGCUCUUCAAGAGGGUUUAUAAACAUCUCCGUCCUGGAGGCCUCUUCAUCCUGGAGCCGCAACCCUGGGAGUCCUACGUGAGGAGGAAGAAGCUGACUGACAACAUCAACAGGAAUUUUCACAGCAUUCGGCUCAAACCUGAUCAGUUUGCAUCAUAUCUAACAAGUGAGGUGGGAUUCACAAGCUUUGAGUCCCUUAAAGCUCCCAAGUGCUCAGCAAGAGGUUUCCAGAGGCCAAUCUAUGUUUUUCAAAAGUGACUUUCCCAAUCAAACACCAUUGACUGAGUAGCAGAAGUCGCCACCGUCUACUCAUGUCAGCUAGCAGGACUGGACUACAAAGGAAUCCUCCGGAACAGUUGACUCUGAAAGUCAAACAGGAAAAGAAGCCUGGACCAAAAGUUUAAAAAUGGCAUCCAUUGGAAUUAUUUGGGACUAAACACAAAAGAAAUGUCAAGGGCACCCAAGUUAAGACUCUGCAAACUAAUAUGACACAAACAAAACAAAACAAAAAAGAUUGUGCUGACUGGUUCAUUUCUUUUAACUGUCCCCAUGGUAACGAUGCACAAGACCGAUUCAUAAUUGUUAGCAGAGUUUGACUGUCUUUGGUUGUUUCUCAUCUCAUCCAUCCCACUGUUGUGAGCCCCAACAGGUUACAAUAUUCUUCGACUCCCAAAAUGGUCUAUUCGUCAAGUCUGUUUUCCAGAAUAGACCUGUGCUCUCUGCAUUUCACAACAAACUUCCUUAAAAAAAAGGUUUUAAGAACCCAAGUGCAAAUAAUGUGCUUUAUUCUGAGUACACAAGUGUGAGGCCUAUCAGUGACCACGGAUGGAGCAGAAUUCAUAGUCACAGUUCGUUUUUUUUAUUUACAUCCCGAUUUAGGCUUUGAACCCUGUGGCAUAGAGCACAUUCGUUCAACUUUCUUCUUAUUUUUAAAACCAUCCAUCAUCAGCCUUAACAUCUGUAAUUCAUCCGUCUUUUUCCAAUUGUUCCCAGUGUCUUGUUUGUUUCCAAUUCUUUCGUUAUCACUGAAAAAGCGAUCAGAAGUUGAAGUUUUGUACGUUUUAGAGCUGUCAACACAUACAUUGGCAUUAAAAAUAAGAUCAAUGAAAAGUUCCGAAGUUGCACAAAGAUCUUAAGAAUUUAGUUGCUUAUCAAAAGUAAGCCAGUGUGUUCACAUUCGGUUUGGAAGGAGUUCAUGUUGAAUAUCAGCUUAGUCCUGAGCAAGAUUUUUUUUUUUUGAGUCAUUAACUCAAAUUCAAUGACAGAUGGAGAAAAAUGUUGAGAACAGAGUAGUUUUCCUGAAAUCUGCAAUUUUUUCCAUUCAUCAUACUCCCAGAUUAUCAAAAAACAAGCAGUUUCUUCACGAAGUUCUUUAGUUUAUAAAAUACAUUUUUUUAAUUUUCCUCAAAUCACAUUUGAUUUGUGGUGGUUUGGCUCAAAAAUAACCAUUUUAAAGGUAUCCUCAGAUGUAAGAGCAUCGUCAGGGCUGUAAAACAUCCGUGUUCUAAACUUUUUAUCACUGAAAGAGAAAUUUAGACUCCAUCAAAGACUUUGGAUGGAUUUUCUAUCUUUAAUUGCGCUAAAUUGAGCAAUGUGCUGAAAUUACUCUCAAAUCCGAAUGUUUUUUUUAAGACUUGAACAUGAACAUGUUUGUAUUGAGGUAUUCUACAGAUGUUUUGCUUUCUUACAAGAUUUUGCCAACAGUAUGUCUGAAUCCUCUCUGUGAGGUCUGUGGAGGUACGAUCUGUCUGUCUUUGUAAUAUCUGCAUUUUUCAUUAGUAGUCAGGACAGAGAAUUUCUGUUUUUGUUUGUUUGUUUGUGGGGCUGGUUCAUUCAGAAUAUCUCACCUGAGCAAGAAUAAGGUGGAAAAAGUAGAUUAACUGUUUUUCUGUAAAGAUUAAUUUGUAAAUAAGUUACCAAUUUUUUUUUUCCUGUUAAUAACUGCUAUUUUUUACUUUUUAAUGCUUUUUUUAUGUUGAUUAGUAAGACCCUCACUGUUCUUGUUCUUUAACAGACUGCUGUUCUGCUCUGUAACAACAAAUGAAUGUGGACUUUCUCCUGUUUUUGCUUUGUUCUGUCUUGCCUGGCACAUUGUAAGAUUAGUGCUUUAUUUUGUUUUUUCCUUGUUUUUUCCCCCUUUUUUAUAAAUAGAUUGAAAGGAGAA